AUGAGGCAGCGCGGAUAUAGCCGGGCAGAUCUGGAUGCCUACGCGACCGUCAGCAUUGCUGGUAUCCAAAGUCGACAGACUGACAUGCUCUAUGGAACCUAUCGAUCAGUGUUCAAAGUCGAAGGCUCCAACGGUGGCGCCUGUGCGGGAUUCUUCUGGUAUCGUGACGACCGAUCAGAGAUUGACAUUGAACUGGUCACAAAAGGCACUUCACUUGUGAACAACACGAUCAGCUUUACCUCGCACCCCUCUCUAGCACCAGAUGGCUCGCCCGUCCCAGGCGCGACCUUGGCGAAGUCCUUGAGCGAUCCCGCAUUCAGCCCAGGUGUAUUUCGCGAAUAUCGAUUUGACAGCCACCCGGAUCUCGGGAUCGCAUACUACGUCGAUGGCAAGAUCGUCCACAAAAACACCCACAACGUCCCGAAAUUGGGCGGCAAUCUACAACUCAAGCUGUGGGCAGACGGGAACAAGUGGUGGAGCGGAACACCCAGCACCACGGACGUGUUUAUGACUAUUGAGAGCGUUAUUGCCUACUACAACACCACUACUCUGGACCCUCGUUGGUUGGACAACUGCACAGCUGCUGGAGGUCCCAGUGAUAGCACUAUCUGCACUAUCUAA